AUGGGGGAAUCAAGCAUCUCAGAAGCCAGAACUCUUAAGGACACCCUAUGUAAGUUUGCUUCUGCUUCUAGCCAACUUAUCAAUUGGGUUAAAAGCAAAGUGUUUUUCAUCAAUACAACUGAGAGAAGACAGCAUAAAAUCAACAGAAUUCUGGAAUGUCAGAUUGUUGAUCUUCCUGCCACUUAUCUUGGUCUCCCUCUGGGCAUUGCACCACCUUAUUCCUUUUGGAGUUCUCUGGUGGACAAAUUUCAAAAAAAGCUUGUUGGAUGGAAAGGUGCUCUUUUAAGUCAGGCUGUAAAUCUCCAACUUCUAAAAUUUUCUCUUCAAAUAAUUCCUUUUUAUGCCCUUAACCUCUUCAGAAUUCAUGUUAAGUAUGUUGAUGCAAUUGAGAAAAUUCAGAAAAAAUUUCUCUUGUCAGGGGUUGACGAAAAGAAAAGAAUGUCUCUUGUGGCUUGGGAUAAGGUGUGA